ACACGCCGCGGGAGCUCAGACCAGGCGCCGGGCCCUCCUCGUUCCUCGCCCGGCCGCGAAGCCCAGAGCAGGCGGGAGGCCCGUGCUCACCAUGUCGGUCGCGCUCAGCAACAGGUUUCAAGGAGGGAAGGCGUUCGGCUUGCUCAAAGCCCGGCAGGAGAGGAGGCUUGCGGAGAUCAACCGGGAGUUUCUCUGUGACCAGAAGUACAGCGAUGAGGAGGACCUGCCACAAAAGCUCACAGCCUUCAAAGAGAAGUACAUGGAGUUUGACCUGAACAACGAAGGCGAGAUUGGGUCUGCUUUUCUUCUGGUAGACCUGAUGUCUCUAAAGAGGAUGAUGGAGAAGCUUGGGGUCCCCAAGACCCACCUGGAGAUGAAGAAGAUGAUCUCGGAGGUGACAGGUGGGGUCAGCGACACCAUCUCCUACCGAGACUUUGUGAACAUGAUGCUGGGGAAACGGUCGGCUGUCCUCAAGCUAGUCAUGAUGUUUGAAGGAAAAGCCAACGAGAGCAGCCCCAAGCCGGCUGGCCCCCCUCCAGAGAGAGACAUUGCCAGCCUGCCCUGAGGACCUGCCUGGACCUGCCCCUCCCCCCCUGCCCUGUUCCUCCCUCCUGAUCUUGCUGCCCUCUGGACUCCUUGUAUUUUGUCUUAUUUGGGUUUCUUGGUCAUUGGGCAUGUUUUAUUUGUCUUUUGUUUUUGUUUUUUUUUCACCUGCAGGAUCAGUGAUCUCUUUGUAAAGCACAAAUUAUCUGCCUUAAAAGGGCUCUGGAGCCCCUCCCUCUCUUCUUCCAUCCUUCCCUCCACCCCACCCCCACCCGUGCAGAAGGGCUGAUAUCAAACCAAAAACCGGAAAGGGCAAAGCUAGGGCAGGGAGGCUAGAAGCCUGGGGUCCCCACGCUUGGAGCUGGUAUUGUCCAUUCUUCCUGGGGGUCUCCGAGCUUAGUCCGGGCUCACGGGCCUGGCCACUUCCAGGAGACCUUGGAGUAGGGACAAGGCUGCAGAGCCUCGCUAGGGACACAGGUUCUAGUGCUCUUGGGUAGUCCAGGAUGUGGCCACGCACUGCCCCACCUCCCCAGGUGAUGCCCCUCUCGACCAGCUUCUCAUCCUCAGUGAGGUGACAGAAGGCGGGAAGGAGGCCAUUUGAGCCCUUCAAGAAGUUUCUGGAAGAAAUCCUCUGGCCUUGCUCCCCUGGCCACACCUUUCCCGGCAAGCUCAGAGGGAGCCCUGUCUGUUGCUGGGCAGCAAAGGGCUUUGGAGGUAGAGGCGAGGCCAGCAGUUUUGGGGAGGAGGGUCAUCUCACUGUAGUCCCACCUUUCAGGGAGGAUGCUGAGGACAACAGGUUAGGAGAACGGAGAACAGAACGCUCGUGGCAAAGAGCACAACGUUAAGCCAAGACCUGGGAAUAGGACUUUGCCUUUCUGAUCCGUCUGCUUGAAAGCGGACUGUGCUUCCCCCAUUCGCCUUCCCACCUUACACCAUUCAUUCAUUCACUCAUUCAUUCAUUCAUUCACUCAGUCAUACAACAGAUAUUUAUUGACCCCCUCUUAUAAGCUUUAAGACCCCGCACUGUGUCCUGACGUGUGCUGUGUCCACUGUCUAACUCAUCUCGCCCUUUCCAAAUCGCCCCAGACCUUGAGCUUGGGCAUUGGAUUGGGGCCUCCUGUGUCCUUUAUUAUGGACGCACAGGGUUUAAAGCCCUGAUUCACCCUGUAGGUCAGCUGAGCCAGUCCCCUCAUGUCACAGGGGAGAAAACUGGUGGCCCACAGGGAUGAAGUGCCUUGCCCAAGGCCAGGGGUUAGUCUGGAGAUGCAAGAGUCUGAACUGGAGCCCAGGUGUUCAGAUGCCCUCUCCAUGCUUCGUGUCUGCUCUGCGCUGCCUCGGAUGAAAACAAGGGAAGGGGCAGGGAGGGACAGCCCCGGGAAAAGACUCCGGGCCAGGACUCACCUUCCCAGUGCCUCCGAGUCAGCAUCAGGGUUUGGGUGAGGGCGAGGCCCACCUCUGCAACCCUGCGUUCUCAGCUAAGCUACUUCUCAGAACUCACACAAGUGUCACACUCGGCCCCAUGUUGGCUGAGCAGGAACCUUAGCCUUGACCCUACCUGUGUUCUGGAGUCCCUGACCCUGCCUGCUCAUGACUUAGAUGCAUUCAUCCGUUUAACAUACUUAUUAAGCACCUGUUAUGGGCCAAGAGCGAAGAACCCAGUAGUAAAAUAGACAGACUCAUAUUUAGAGUCUAGUGAGGAAGUCAGACCAGGACAAGGACAAGUGAGAUGAA